CUCACUGUGGCGUGGGGGAGAGAGAAGGCUGCCCUGCCCUCUGCACUGCACCGCACCGCACCCCCACCUGCACUGCGUUUGCAUGUUUUGCUUGGCCUCACGCUUGUUCCAUGUUUGAACAUACCACACCACAUUGCACGCAGGAGGACCGGCCGCCACUCUUUCUCGCUCUCUUCUCUUCUCUUGGCUCCAGCUCCACCCACCUCUAGCUGCCUCCCUUCGGCAAUGGAGGAGGCGCCACCAUCUUCUUCUCCCCCCUCCCCUCCUGUGAUGCUACUCUUGCUGCUGCUGCUUAUCGUCUCCUCCCCUUGUAGCUCUAGCGCCCUCCUCUCCCCCAAGGGCGUCAACCCUGAAGUGCAAGCUCUGAUGACGAUCAAGAACACGCUCAAGGACCCCCACGGCGUGCUCAAGAACUGGGACCAGGACUCCGUGGAUCCCUGCAGCUGGACCACAGUCAGCUGCUCGCUAGAGAACUUCGUCACCGGACUGGAGGUCCCAGGUCAGAACCUCUCUGGCCUGCUCUCCCCAAGCAUAGGGAACCUGACGAAUCUUGAGACUAUUCUCCUGCAGAACAACAACAUCACCGGCCUAAUCCCAGCAGAGAUCGGCAAGCUUACAAAGCUCAGGACACUUGAUCUCUCUAGCAACCACCUGUAUGGCGCAAUCCCCACUUCUGUGGGCAACCUUGAGAGCCUGCAGUACUUGAGGCUCAACAACAACACCCUGUCUGGCCCAUUCCCUUCAGCAUCAGCUAAUUUGUCCCAGCUUGUUUUCCUAGACUUGUCAUAUAAUAAUCUGAGUGGUCCAGUGCCGGGAUCUUUGGCAAGAACAUUCAACAUAGUUGGGAAUCCUCUCAUCUGCGGCACCAACAACGCCGAGAGAGAUUGCUAUGGGACUGCCCCAAUGCCGCCAUACAACCUCAACAGCUCACUGCCUCCGGCAAUAAUGUCUAAAAGCCAUAAGUUUGCAAUUGCAUUUGGUACCGCAAUUGGCUGCAUCGGCCUCCUCGUCCUCGCUGCCGGGUUUCUGUUCUGGUGGAGGCAUCGUAGAAACCGGCAGGUCCUUUUUGAUGUCGAUGAUCAACACAUGGAGAACGUUAGCCUCGGGAACGUGAAGAGGUUCCAGUUCAGGGAGCUUCAGUCUGCGACAGGCAACUUCAGCAGCAAGAACAUACUGGGAAAAGGUGGCUUUGGAUACGUCUACAGAGGGCAGUUCCCUGACGGAACUCUUGUGGCCGUGAAGCGACUCAAGGACGGCAACGCCGCGGGCGGCGAGGCCCAGUUUCAAACCGAGGUCGAGAUGAUCAGCCUGGCACUGCACAGAAACCUUCUCAGGCUCUAUGGGUUCUGCAUGACCGCCACAGAGAGGUUGCUGGUCUAUCCAUACAUGUCUAAUGGAAGCGUCGCGUCGCGCCUCAAAGGGAAGCCACCUCUGGACUGGGUGACGAGGAAGAGGAUAGCUCUCGGGGCAGGGAGGGGGCUGCUGUACCUGCACGAGCAGUGCGACCCCAAGAUCAUACACAGGGACGUCAAGGCUGCCAACAUCCUGCUAGACGACUGCUGCGAGGCCAUUGUCGGUGACUUCGGGCUCGCUAAACUCCUCGACCAUCGGGACUCCCAUGUCACCACUGCGGUGCGGGGCACUGUCGGCCACAUCGCGCCCGAGUACCUCUCCACUGGCCAGUCGUCGGAGAAGACCGACGUCUUCGGGUUCGGCAUCCUGCUGCUGGAGCUCGUCACCGGUCAGACGGCGCUGGAGUUUGGGAAGACGGCAAACCAGAAGGGAGCCAUGCUGGACUGGGUAUACGAAACCGAAAAAAAUUAAUCUACAGGUGAAGAAGACGCACCAGGAGAAGAAGCUGGACGUGCUGGUGGACCAGGGGCUGAGGGGCGGCUACGACAAGAUGGAGCUAGAGGAGAUGGUGCGAGUAGCGCUGCUGUGCACGCAGUACCUUCCCGGCCACCGGCCGAAGAUGUCGGAGGUGGUCCGGAUGCUGGAAGCAGGGGAAGGGCUCGCAGAGCGGUGGGAAGCCUCGCACUCGCAGUCGCAGAGCGCGGACUCGCACGAGUUCAAGGUGCCUGACUUCACUUUCAGCCGCUGCUACUCUGACCUUACCGACGACUCGUCGCUGCUGGUGCAGGCCGUCGAGCUGUCGGGCCCGAGAUGAUGAUGACGACGACGCCGCCGCCAGUUUGCACUUUGUACAGCAUGCAUAUUAAGGACCGAGAAUCCUGUGUGGACUACCAUACUAGAAUAGCUAGCUAUAGAUGUGUAUUAGAUUAACUGUACAAAAAGAAGAGCGUGUGAGGUUUGUACUGAUUUGGAUAUUUACAGAAUUAGUAGUCGAGACAAUAAGACCAAGUAAAAAAGAGCUUUUCAUUGUUCAUUUCA